CCCCUCUCCUAGGUCUCUCUAGCCCGCUUAGGGAGCGGUGAGAUGUCAUGGCUCCCUUCUAGGCUGUGGGAGGAAGCAUACGGCACCUCGUUUGUAGUGCAAUCCGCCAUGGAGGUGGCUCGUAAAGCACUUGUGGCAGUUGCAGUGCUAGGCGCGGGAGCUGGCGUGGGUUCUAUUCUGUUUGCUCUUGUGACCCCAGGAGAACUACAGAAGCAGUCGAUGCUGCAGGAGAUGCCGGAAAGGGACUCGCGGCAUAGGGACGAAGCGGUCAGGACCACGGAACUGGUGAUGGCUACCCUGAAGGACGCCGCAGCCACGAAGGAGAACGUGGCCUGGAGGAGAAACUGGACAGUUAGCGGGGAUGGCAGGUCAGCAUGACACCAGAGCUCGCCUGUGGUCGCGGGAACCUGUAAGGCUCCUUUCUUGGUGCUCCGGACAUGGAGUCAGGAUUUGGGAGACACACCAGGACUCUCUCCAAAUCACUGGGAACUGUGGUUGGGGGAACGCCUUUAAAGAGCACAUCACGUGACAGGGUCGGAUGUGUGAAACCAACGGAACUAAUAAAUGCAGUUCAUCCAUUAAGUGGAUUUCGCAGCUGGACAUCGCUGUUAGAGACAGCGCAAUGUGCACCGAAGACCUAGGCAGCUGCAUGCCAUCCUACCCCUGAGAGUUCUUAAGUCCAAUAAGUUUUCUGACUAUUCAAAAUAGGUUGCUCCUGCAACUGUCGGGUAAAAGACUUUAGGAAAAAGUCUGGAUUAGUAUGUCUCUAUGUGUGUUGUGUGAAUGAAAAAUGAAAGUCGGACGUCAC